CGGAAAUAUGCGUGACGUCACGAGCAAUACAGGAAGUCAGUCUGACUUGUGUUUUGCUUUUUAGUUUUAAACGAGUCAGAUUGAUUUGCAGCCUUGAACGCAGUCGAAUCGACAUGAAACCGCCGCCUCGCACGCGCAAACCGGUUCGCAACCUGAACCCGGACCCCAAGCCUUGCCGAACCAAGCGAGCCUGCGCGUGGUCCAGAAAGGAGCAGCGAAGGCUGCUGGACGCCCUGACGAGGCAGAGCUCCUCCCGCGACGGAGGCACGCUGGAGAACAUCGACUAUAGUCUGCUCAAGAAGGAUGUCCCUUCUCGCUCCGAUUGCGAGAUCCGGUCUGUGGUGGAACGCCUCCAGAACAAGGUGAUCUCUGGCGCCAUCCUGCAGCUGAAGACCAGAACGCUGGCAGAGAAGAAGGCAAUGGUGCCCAUCCAGAUGUGGACUCGUCUGGCCCAGGCCGUGUCUGGGAGCUUCAACGGACCACUUUGCAAGGCUUUCGCUCAGAUGUGGACCGUGGCAUCCACGGAGCCUCACACUCUCAGGAACAGCCAACUGCCGCAGCUUGAUGCAGCGAUGAGCAACGACAGAACCGUCUGUCUGAGUGCCGCUGUCGGACCCACGCCGGCCGAAGUGCUGGUAAAAAGUCCAGCUGCUGCCAGUGCGGGUCCGACGGCCUCCCCUGCAGUCCCAGUUGAGCAGCCGAGUCUUUCGAGUCCAACCACCUCUGAGGACUUCGCGGUGGACUUUGAGAGGAUUUACAAUUACCUGAGUGGCCUUCACAAGUCAGAGGACGAGUGUGAGCUCACGGCCAUGGAGAGCGCCGUGGUCUUGGACUUGGUGAUGUCUCUCCCAGAAGAAUUGAGUCUCCUCCCCUGCCAAAGUUUGCACAGACAUCUCAUCCAGGUGGAGUCACUCCUACAAGAAGACCAGCACCGAGGAGACAGACCACUGACUAAUUGCAGCCCUGCUCUCCGUUCCGCAGGCCCACCAGAACUUGUCCGAAGCAAAGCACUCCGAGAAGGCGCGACAAGUUCUGACGGAGCUUCAGAAGCAGCGGCGAGGAAGCGAUCCAGAGCCUCAACAAAACGUCACAAACGCCGCCGAAGGGGAAACAUUGUGGAGUGGCGAACCAAAGUGGACGGGACUCUGUCCCCCUCUCAACCCAUUCAUGAUUCCAAUGGAACUGCUGAAGAGAAGAUAGGACUUCAUAUUGCUUUUAGGCACACGACAUUUCCAUUGGGUGUAAAUUCACACUUGUAUUAGUGUUGAUUCUUGGCUCUAAUAAAACCACUUACUCAAAGGGCCAAUCUUUCCCGA